AUGGACAACCUUGGUUAUUUUCACAAAUGCAGAAUACUAUUAGACAGUGGUUCGCAAUAUAAUCUAAUAACUAGAGCAUUUUCCAAGAAACUAGGACUAAAAACAGGCUUCACUAAUCACAAACUAACUUUUGUCAAUCAGUCUGAAUCCAAGGUUACAGAAAUGACAAGCGUAAGUUUAAAAACAAGGUUGAGUGACUAUACAGCCAACAUUAAUUGUUUAAUUCUAGAAACAAUAACAGAACCACUACCCCUAAAUUCAUUCUCCGCUCAACAAUUAAGUAUUCCAAAUACCUUGAAUCUAGCCGACCCCACAUUUAACAUUAGCGGUCCUAUCGAUUUACUCAUUGGUUCGGAAUUAUUCUUGGAUAUAUUAACAGCCGGUAAAAUCCUAUUAAAACCGUUACUUUAUCUGCAUAAUACCACCCUCGGAUGGAUUUUGUCGGGGCCUUUGAGUGUAGGAUUUUCUAAGGAAUUCCCAGCUUCUAAUAAUACUUCCUGCAAUAACAAUACAGUGACCAUAAAUUCUGAUCUCGAAAAUUUAUCUAAACAGGUAGCAAAAUUUUGGGAAACAGAGGAUUAUCACACUAAUAAACCAGUACCCGUCCAGCAAGAUAUUAUUUGUGAAUCACAUUUCAAGGCAAACACAAAAAGGGACGCCAACGGUCGUUUUUGGGUUUCCCUGCCCAUAAAAGACAAUUGCAAGCAAUUAGGGUCUUCCUCCGAAAUGGCUCGCAAACGAUUUCUCAGUUUAGAAAAGAAACUAAAUAAGGAUCCAAAUUUAAAAUGA